AUGACUUUUCUAGAACAACAGCCUAAAUGUCAAAAUAUAAAUCCAAUAAUAGCGCAUUGUAGCCUUUCCACAUUUUGUCUAAUGGUUAUGACUCCAGUCUUUCACGUUGGCGGCCCAAGUUCAAUUUCUGAUGUAGAACUAAUUUUGGCGACAUAUCGCUUAAAACGAUUUUUUGAAGCGGAGGGACUCAACAGUGAGACGACUCAAUCCGGUCGCAAUAAACAUCUCGCUCGUUUGGUGUUUCUUUCAAUGUUACUGACACGUAACGUUGUCAAAAAUUCAUUAUCAACAGUUACGGCGCUUAAACAAUAUAGACCUCAACACAACCUUAUAAUUCAAACGCAAAACAGGAUACAUAAUAACUUUAAUGAUAACAAUGGUAAGAAAAUAACUCUGAUAUGGAUACCCAGUCACAUAGGAAUUCAGGGUAAUGAGGUAGUCGAUCAACUGGCAUCACAAGCUUACAAUAUUCCAAUAUCAAAUCUUCCCAUCCCACACAAUGAUUUAAGAUUUUGGACAAAAAAGAAAUUGAAGAGAUGCGGUGAGACAACUAAAGAUGCGUCGUCAGAAUUUGCCUUUCAACAUUUUAUAAAAAUACGUAACCUAUAUGCAACGUGCUGUAACAUAAUGUAA